UUUCGGGACGUCAAUGUUUUUGAUUGCCAGGGGUCACAAUUGGUACUGUUGACGUAUUUUUUUAAAAAACAGGCGACGAUAGUCUCUUCACAUCCCGGGAAACGACCGACUACUACCACUGACACACGGUGAUAUCAGACUGGUAAACGUGAUGGUGUCGGUGAGACUGACGUCGUACGUUGAUGGAUGUGAUCAGCUGACGUACGCUGGUAUUGAUAACCUUAUGCAUAGUUCCGACAUGUUGUUGGUACAUUUGCCUGUGUCGGAUAACUUAUCUGCUUAACGCGAAAUGCACGUCGAAUGUUCUCGACGUAUUAGGCCAGCGUUCAGUGUAUGAUAUAAUCGACAGAUGGAUACUUUUGACAUGGUAGAUGUAGCUAAUAGCGAGAUGGUUGUCUCCGAGGACAAACCACUCAUCAACGAGGAAGAACGUAAUAAAUAUCCUGGUGAGAUUCAUCAACAAUACGACGAUGCCAAAAUCGUCGAUGCCAAGGGAAACGAGUCUAUGUGUUAUAUUUACGUGUUGGCGUUUUUUUCCGCAAUUGGGGGAUUUUUGUUCGGCUACGAUACAGGCGUUGUAUCUGGCGCGUUGCUGCUCAUAUCAGAACAGUUUCAUUUACACAAUCUAUGGAAGGAAGUUAUUGUCAGUGCGACCAUUGGUGCUGCUGCACUGUUUGCUUUAUUCGGUGGUGCCUUAAACGACUGGUGGGGUCGACGUCCAGUCAUUCUCUUGGCUAGCAUAGUAUUUACAGCGGGUGCUAUAAUAAUGGGGAGCCUGUCGUCGGCGAGCGGCAUCGGCGAAGGUAGCCGCGAACGACUAGUGGACUCUUACAAGAAGAGAGCGCCGAGAUCAUGUUUCGUGAUUGUCUUGACACUUUUCUCUGCCAUCGGUGGCUUUCUGUUCGGUUACGAUACCGGUGUCAUAUCGGGAGCUAUGAUAUUGUUGAGACACAAUUUCCCCGAUAUGACCUUCUUCUGGCAGGAGUUAAUUGUUGCUGUUACCAUCGGAUCUGCUGCCGUAUUUGCGUUUUUGGGUGGUUUUCUUAAUGACUGGCUGGGACGUCGACCUGUCAUAUUCUGCGCUAGCGCCGUCUUCACUGUCGGGGCAUUGACUCUCGGAACAGCGCCGGAUAUAGCCCUGGUGAUCGGAAAGGUCAUCGUGGGUAUUGGAAAUGGUUUAGCCUCCAUGACAGUUCCUAUGUACAUAGCAGAGGCAGCCCCAGCUGAUAUGCGUGGACGUCUUAUAUUGAUUAACAGUAUGUUUAUCACUGGUGGCCAAUUUAUCGCAUGUGUAUUAGAUGGCGCCUUCAGUUACGAUAAAGAAAACGGAUGGAGGUACAUGCUUGGUCUGGCAGGUGUGCCUUCAUUAAUUCAGUUUAUUGGAUUCCUCUUUCUACCUGAGAGUCCUCGCUGGCUUAUUACUAAAGGAAGAAAAGAAGAAGCGAGGAGAGUGUUAUCACUCAUGCGUGCAGGUGUAGGGGUUGAUGAGGAGCUGGAUGAAAUUCAGCGCAAUAUUGAAGAACAAAAAGAAGAAAUGCAAGCCAGAGGUAAAAAGGCUGUAUUAGUUCAAAUGAUACAGACGCCUGCUGUCAGAAGAGCAUUAAUCGUUGGAUGCGGUAUGCAAAUGUUUCAGCAGUUAGCCGGCAUUAAUACUGUUAUGUACUACAGUGCAACAAUCAUUAAAAUGUCUGGUGUGAAAGAUGAUAAUUUUGCCAUAUGGUUGGCUGCUGUUGUAGGAUUCACAAAUUUUUUAUUCACUGGUGUUGGACUUUAUCUAGUUGAAAAAAUUGGUCGUAGAAAACUCAGCUUAGGCAGUAUGAUGGGUGUUAUAUUUAGUCUAUUAUUCUUAGCCGCGGGAUUCCUUUUGGCGUCAUUAGAUUCCCCACCGAUUAGUCAUAGUUAUGUGAAAUCUUCAACACAUGUUAAUUGUAGUGGUUAUAGUUCAUGCAAUGAUUGCAUAUCAGACCAUGGAUGUGGAUUUUGUUAUUUAGAUCUUCAUAAUACAGCUGUUAACGGUAGUGGAUCAUGUGAUCCCAUUACUAGAACUAUGGACGAACCAAUGAAAUGGACUAGAUGUGGAAAUAGCACUCAGUUUACAUUUGCCUAUGAUUUUUGUCCCACUGCUUACUCUUGGAUGGGCAUUGCAGGUCUUGUACUCUAUCUCAUCUUCUUUGCUCCAGGAAUGGGUACAAUGCCAUGGGUUAUAAAUGCCGAGAUUUAUCCUAAUUGGGCUAGAAGUACUGGUAACGCUUGCUCCAGUGCUGUUAACUGGAUUUGUAACUUACUCAUCUCAAUGACAUUCCUAACAUUGACUGAUGCGCUAACAAGGCAUGGUGCAUUCUUCUUAUAUAGUGGACUAUCACUUCUAGGAUUUUUCUUUAUAUUUGUCUUUUUACCGGAAACCAAGGGCAAGAAAUUAGAGGAAGUAAUACAGUUAUUUUCAAAGCCCUGGUGUGCCUGUGGCACAGUGGAGCUUGAACGUGAGGUUAAGUACAUACAAAUAAAAGGUCACAAUGCAGCAGAUACAGAUGUCUCGGAUGGAGAAUAA